AUUUUCAUUUUUAUUGAGGUUGUAAUUUUCUCCUGACCUUUUUUUCUUCUUACUUAUUUUUUUUUCUUUUACUUCAUCUCCCCCUAAACAUCCUCGUGGAUGAUAAUGUCAUUAGUGAAAGUCGUGUGUCAUCUAUUUCAUGGUUCCAUAUUUCCUUCCCCAGUUGGUAGUCUCACUCUCCUAAACUACUGUCUGCUCUUGCUCUGCUCCAUGUUUCUCCCUCUCCCUCUGCCCCCCCUCUCUCUCUUCCUCCCUCUCUUUCUUCGCAGCUAUUCUGGUUCUCACUUUCUUCGGUCCAUGUAAUUUCUUCCCGGCCUCAGUUUCUCUGGGUUCCGUCUCUAUUUCUGGUUGUAUGAAUCAUUUAAGUCCUUCCUUUUACCCAUCCGUCUUUCGUCUUCUACCUCUUUGGUUCUGCUCGGACCUAGUCUACCAGUCUGGGUCGCCCCCCUCUCUUUUCUCCCCGCUGCAUACGCCGGUCGCUCGCUCGCUCUCAAUGACUAUUCUGAGAGUAGAGCGAGCCUGCGCGCGAGGGGAAUGGAAAGAGAUUGGGGGAGAGAGGGAAAUCUCUCCGGGCUACCACUACAAUCCAGUCACUGUCCAGUGUCCAGUGUCCAUUGUCCACCGUCCACAACAGUCCUAUCUGUCUGUCUGUCUCUUGACUCUUUUAGCAAGAGUAAGACCCCGUCUGGCCGUUUGGCGUUCCCUGCAACACCCGCUCCAUACCCGGCUCUGGUCUAGUCUGACUGGCCUUUCCACCCAUUCAUUAUUGCCUGCGAUGUUUCCUGGUUUUUCUGAUCACCAGGAAGGGGGUGCCGCCUCGAUCUUUCCUUAUUUUUCUUUUUUUAUUUUUUGGGGUUAUUCUUCUCGUCGUUUUUUUUUUUAUUUUCGUUAUUAUUAUUUUAUCUCACUUUCCCAUUUUAUUUUUUUUUUGAGCUGAGGGGGGAAAAUGAUUUUUUACCCUUCCUUUCUCAAUAAAAAUAACAGUGGAUGAUUUUGAUUUUAUUAUUUUAUUUCCCACUUUACUUUUCUUACCUUUAAUCUCUUUCUCUUG